CGUAAAAUAAUGGACAGUAAAGAGUCCCAAAAAUGUAAUCACAUGUAUGUGUCGAGUAAAUAGCGCCAAGACAUGCAGACCGUGAUUGCGCGCCAUCCAUGUGCGACGCGAACGCGACGUGACGUGGUGCUCACAAAUAUCACUGACUUGCUCCAACCUCCACCACAGCUGCCUACGCCCUCAACCCACGACACCCACCUUGAAAACCACCCACACGCCCAGACUUAACGGUGGAUUGAGGCCUACAAGCAGUCAAUAUGGGCAUCAAACAUCUCUACCAGCUCAUCCAAGAGCAUGCUCCUGGCGCGAUCAAGACGGGUGAGAUUAAAAACCAGUUCGGUCGCAAAGUCGCUAUAGAUGCGUCCAUGAGCAUCUACAGCUUCCUCAUCGCUGUGCGCUCCGACGGCCAACAGCUCAUGAGCGACACGGGCGAGACUACGUCUCACCUCAUGGGUCUCUUCUACCGCACACUCCGCAUGGUCGAAAACGGCAUCAAGCCGCUCUACGUCUUCGACGGCGCUCCACCGAAACUCAAGUCUGGCGAGCUCGCAAAGCGCUUCCAGCGCAAGUCCGAAGCGCACGCGGCCGCCGAGGAAGCAAAGGAGACCGGCACAGCAGAGGACGUGGAGAAGUUUUCAAGAAGGACGGUCAGGGUGACUAGGGAGCAUAAUGCGGAGUGUCAGCGACUGCUUAAGUUGAUGGGCAUUCCGUUCAUCGUUGCGCCAACCGAAGCGGAGGCGCAGUGUGCGGUGCUGGCGAGAGGCGGCAAGGUGUAUGCUGCUGCGAGUGAAGACAUGGACACGUUGACGUUCGAUACGCCCAUCUUGCUGAGGCAUCUUACAUUUAGCGAGCAGCGCAAGGAGCCGAUUCUAGAGAUCCAUGUGGACAAGGUGCUUGAGGGUCUGGGGAUGGAGCGGAAGCAGUUCAUCGAUCUCUGCAUUCUCCUCGGCUGCGACUACCUCGACCCCAUAAAAGGCAUCGGCCCUUCGACCGCUCUGAAAAUGAUCCGCGAGCACACCGACCUCGAAGGCGUAGUCGACCAUAUCAAAUCCGCCCCCAAGUCCAAACUCACCAUACCAGAGGACUGGCCCUUCGCCGACGCGCGUCUCCUGUUCCUCGAGCCUGACGUGCGGCCUGCCGAUGCCCCCGAAUGCGACUUCAAGUGGGAAGCACCGGACGUUGAAGGGCUCGUCAAAUUCCUAGUCGAAGAGAAGCAUUUCAACGAGGACAGGGUACGCAACGGAUCAGCAAAGUUGCAGAAGAACAUGAAGACGGCGCAGCAAAGCAGGCUGGAGGGCUUCUUCAAGCCAGUCGAAAAGACAGCAGAGGAGAAGGCAAGCUUGAAACGCAAGGCGGACGACAAGCUGGAGGCGAAAAAGAAGAAGCAGAAGGAGGAUGCGAAGGCGAAGAAGCAGGCCAAGGCCAAGCCAAGAACUGCUGGGUAGAGGGCAUCUCGCGAGCCUCUUGUGCGAAUCACCAAAUCAGAAAGCUGGCUCACCUGCGGGCGUUACAUGGAUGGUCUUUUGGGAGUUCAAGUGGCGUUUGAACAUGGUUCCUACUUAUGGAGCCAAAUGCAGAUCGGGUUACACUACAGGUUUCUUUAUACCUGCAGUUAGCUUUCGACGCAUCUAAAGAGACUGCUGAAUAGCUACCUCUUCACACGAGAUUUUAGAAGAUACCAAUCACGGAUCAUCAUUUCAAAGUUGACAUUGCCUGACUGUGUUCGUCUAUAUAGACUACUUCAAUACCAGGCCGUUUGACGGCGACAAUUGACGUGAGAUACCGC